AUGGGUGGGCAGAGGUGUUGUCCAGAAGCAGAAGAGCUUUCAUUGGCAAAUCGUUCUCUUUCAGAGUUAACAAGAAAGAAUCGGCUGGAAUACUAUGGUUUACCUGUUACAGGUGCAGAGACCAGAUAUUACACUAAUCAUGCAUUAUCAUAUGAUCAGGCAAAAAGAGUUCCACAAUGGGUAAUUGAACACAUCACAAGAGACAAAAUUGUAGGUAAUGCAGACAGAAAACACUGCAAGUUCAAGCCAGACCCUGAUGUGGCUCCAUUGUUUUCUGCCAAAAAUGAGGACUAUAUUGGAAGUGGCUGGUCCCGAGGUCACAUGGCACCAGCAGGAGACUGCAAAUUUUCUUUGGAAGCAAUGACAGAAACAUUCUACCUUUCCAAUAUUGUACCUCAGAAUUAUGAAAAUAAUGCUGGAUUUUGGAACAGGCUUGAAAUUUACUGCCGUGAGCUCACGCAGAGAUUUGAUGAUGUAUGGAUUGUCUCUGGGCCCCUGACUUUACCUCAAGUUAGGGAAGAUGGGAAAAAAACUGUUACAUAUCAGGUGAUUGGAAGUGAUGAUGUUGCAGUACCAACUCACCUUUACAAAGUCAUUCUUGCAAGAAAAACUAAAAAUUCCACAGAACCCCUGGCGGUGGCAGCAUUUGUCAUUCCCAACCAGCCAUUAGGCUUUGAUCAUUUGCUACCUGACUUCCAGGUAAAUUUAAUGGAUCUGGAGAAGAUGUCAGGACUUUCUUUCUUUCCGAAAAUAGACCAAGGAAAAAGUUGCCACAACCUAUGUGAGGUGGACACUUGCAAGCUAAUGAAUUACAAAGAAUUCACUGUUUACAUUACUGCACGUAAAGUACAAAGUGCAAGGACAUUGCACAGAUUGGAAAAGGUCAUGACUGAAUUAAAAGAAGCUGACAUUCAGCCAGAUGAAUAUCUGACAAAAUUGUAUGAGAAGAAAAGAGCAGAACUUGAAUCAAAAGAACAGAGUGAAAAUAAAGAAAGGCGAUCAGGUUAGCACAAGGCAUCACUUACUGAAGGGCGUAGUGCCUUG